AUGUGGGAUCAACGCUGCCUGACAACAAUUUUAAAACUAUUCUUCUCACCGCAAACCCUUGAAGUUGGAUAUGUGUACUCAGAAUCUGGCAGAUACUAUUGUCCAAGAUCGGAUAAACUAGAAACAUAUAGAGAUUACGUAGAAUCGUUACCAAAUGUCGAGAACCCCGAAGUAUUCGGAAUGCACGAAAACGCGAAUAUAGCAUUUGAGAACAAGGAAUCUCACACUUUAAUACAAACAAUAGUAGAUGUACAGCCUCGUGCCGUCGGUUCUGGUGGCGGAGAUACACCUGAUCAGAUUGUCUGGCGAAUUUGUGAUCAAACCCGAUCCCAAGUAUCUAAAUCCAUCGAUAAAUCGCUCAUUAAUCCAGACCUUAUGAUACCUGAUGACAUGGGGCAACUACAUUCUCUCACGACUGUGCUUAUACACGAAACAGACAGGUUCAACACACUGCUUAAUUUAAUACAUCGUUCACUGAAUGAACUUCAGAAAGCAAUUAAAGGUAUUGUGGUAAUGUCCGAAGAGUUUGAAGAAGUUUUUAACUCUUUUAUGAACAACAAAGUCCCCCAGAUGUGGCAUAAAAAGGGCUACAAUUCCUUAAAAACUCUUGGCAGCUGGAUACAUGACCUUACUUUAAGAGUUGACUUCAUAGAGAAAUGGUUGAUAGACGGCGCUCAGCCAAGCAGUUGGGUAUCGGGGCUAUUUUUCCCACAAGGUUUACUCACAGGGUCACUACAGUCAUACGCCAGACGAUUCCGUGUGCCUAUUGACGCGCUCAUGUUUGACUUCUUUCCAUUGCCGAUUUUCUUGUCACAAGAUGAUAUUUUCAAACAAAAUAAAAGGAAAAAGGGCGACGAGGGGCCCAAUGUGUACCAAUCCUUGGCGCUGCCUGAAGAUGGUGUGAACAUACACGGGUUGUUUAUUGACGCUGGGCGCUGGGACAUGGACAAAAGUCGUUUAGUUGAUGCAUAUCCUGGUAAGUGA